CAUGGUGACCGAUUAGAACGCGGCCGUCGGUGCUGAACCGUUUGUCAUGUUUAUACGCUACGUGCUGCACUAGCAUACUACAUACUAAUACUACAUACUAAUACUAAUAAGCAGUACGGUAGUGCUCAGUAUUCCCAGAAUGAUCCCAGCUAGCCUCUAUCUCUCUCUCGCUCUCACACACACACACGUGACUAGCUGUCAAUCAAAUUCACUCCUGUCAGAAUUACCUCAGACUGCUUCAUUUUUUUCAUGCAGGGUGUUUUGAAAAAAUGGCUAACUUGAGGUUUGAAGCCAAAAAAAAAAAAAAAGAUGUCCAAAGUCGUUUGAUAUGGGCUUUAAAGCAGUUAAAAACCUCUUUAGCUUUCAUUUUGGAACAGAACAGCAAUGUAAAUACACUACACCAAUGGCGUGACUAGUUAGCUAGCUAGCAUAAAUCGUUUGUAGCUAGCAAGGUGUCACAGCCAAUUGGGAUUAAAAAAAAAAAUACACUUGAGGAAAUGAUUAAUAUUUGAUAAUAAGCGACCUGGUCCGUGUUGUGUGUACUCUGAGCUAACAAACUGUUUUGACUUGUAAAAGAUAUGUAAUAUGGAUGUAACCAAACAUGAAUAUGUUAUUUGGGAUGAAUAUAUAAUCUAAACACGGAUACAAAUAGGAGGUGCACUAUUUGUUUUUGGGUUUUAUUUUUCUUUCCAGACCAGAAACAGGACGCGAGAAAAGUGUUGCACGAGCAGGGAGGUUUUUACUUUAAUGCAUACUAUAUUAACCGGUAUAACGCACGUGGGAGAAACAAAGAUAUGCGCAUUCGUUCAUCCUUAGUAACUGCCUGGUCAGGGUGGAUGUUAUUUAAAUCAAGCUACUAAUUUGAUCUGCAGGCAGAUACAAAAACAAAACAAAAAAAUCAUAAUCAUGAUUUUUUUAAAAAUAGUCCCGCACACGCCUGAGACCAAUUAACUCGAGUGAUGUAGCUGAGGUUGAGGUGCUAUCAGAGUCAGAAUUCACACACCAUGACUGGUGGCAUAGUGGUAGGGUUCAUAUUUCAUUUGAUCAAUUUAAUUUUGCUACAGAUAUGAAUAUUUGUCACACUAAGCAGAUACAAAUAGUGGCAUUGUGUGAGUUAGCAUAUACCAUAAUGCAUAUACUAGUACCAUAUACAUUGUGAAGUGUCCUCUAUUGAAUAUAUACGGUGACAUACUGUACUACUAUUUAGCAUCAUACUGACGGUGUCAUAAAGUACAAUGGGGUUUGAUUUUAACUAACAGAAAUCAAUUAGCGGUAUGUGACUGUCCAUUUGUGCUUUGUUCGGUUGAUUUAUGGAAUAUUAAUCUGUGAUUAGUUGUGAUUAAAUACAUAUUUCAUGAUUGCUGGCUACACAUGUGGUGAAUUAGUAAUAGGGGAAGCCUCUGGCUCUCGGUCCUGCUGUAACAGCUUACCAUGAGCUGAGUCAGGUGUGUUCCAAGCCUGUGACUUUGCUCGUAUGAAUGAUUAACGACUGCAGAUUAGCUUGCUAAGCCCUCGUCUUACACACCUGAGCCUGAUUUUCAGAGGCUUCUCGGUAUUAUAACAAGCAUGGCACAGAUGGUGGGUAUUGUGUGUGUGUGUGUGUGAGAGAGAGAGAGAGAGAGAACGCGAGAGAGAGCUCCCCUCACCCCCAUGGCGUCGCAGUGGAGUGAAUUUAGAAACAUUGACAUGCGUCUCUGGCGGCGAGCCGUUCGGAGAAGGGCACCAGCGUGUCGAGUCGUUCCCUCGGCGCGCGCUGCCGCAACUCCGUGCCCUCGUGCCCGGAUGAACCCCACAUCGGCAACUACCGGCUCCUCAAAACCAUCGGCAAGGGCAACUUCGCUAAAGUGAAACUGGCUCGCCACGUCCUCACCGGCCGAGAGGUUGCAAUAAAGAUAAUCGACAAAACUCAGCUGAACCCAACCAGCCUGCAAAAGCUAUUUCGUGAGGUGCGGAUCAUGAAGGCUCUUCGUCACCCCAACAUCGUGCAACUGUUUGAGGUGAUCGAGACAGAAAAAACGCUUUAUCUAGUCAUGGAGUAUGCUAGCGGAGGCGAGGUGUUUGACUACCUGGUGUCUCAUGGGAGAAUGAAGGAGGUCGAGGCGAGAGCCAAAUUCAGACAGAUCGUCUCGGCUGUUCAUUACUGUCACCAGAAGAACAUCGUUCACAGGGACCUGAAGGCGGAGAACCUGCUGCUGGACGCCGACUCCAACAUAAAGAUAGCGGAUUUCGGCUUCAGUAACGAGUUCACGUUGGGGAACAAGCUGGACACGUUCUGCGGCAGCCCGCCCUACGCCGCGCCCGAGCUCUUCCAGGGCAAGAAAUACGACGGGCCCGAGGUGGACAUUUGGAGUCUGGGGGUCAUCCUGUACACGCUGGUUAGCGGCUCGUUGCCCUUCGACGGACAGAACCUCAAGGAGCUGCGUGAGCGUGUGCUCCGAGGGAAGUAUCGAGUGCCCUUCUACAUGUCCACUGACUGUGAGGGGAUUCUGCGCAGGUUUCUCGUGCUCAACCCCAGCAAGCGGUGCACACUGGAGCAAGUGAUGAAGGACAAGUGGAUGAACACAGGGUACGAAGGCGACGAUCUGAAGCCUCACGUGGAGCCGGCGGAGGACUACAGUGACCCGAGCCGCAUUGAGGUGAUGGUCGGGAUGGGUUUCACCACAGACAACAUCAAAGACGCGUUACUCAAUCAGAAAUAUAACGAAGUCACCGCGACGUACCUUCUGCUGGGCCUGAAGACCGAGGUUAAACAACCAGACGCUCACGAUGGGGCGGAGUCACGCGUGAGUGGCAGCAUGACGUUGCCGAGAGUGAGGCCGAGCCCCGUCGCCAACGGAACCAACAAACACUCGUCCACCGCCGCCGCCGCCGCCACGGCCGCUGCCGCUUCUUCGUCCUCCUCUUCGUCCUCUCACAGCAAGACGCAGCGCAGCGCCUCCACCUACCACCGCCAGCGACGGCACAGCGACUUCUGUGGUCCAAGCAUGCCGGUGAUGCACCCUAAGCGCAGUCCGACGGGCGGGGCCGACCGCGAGCUGCGCGAGAGCCGCAUGCCCCCGCGCAAGGCCAGCUGCAGUGUGAUGGGCAGCCGCAGCCUCCCGCCCUCCAGCCCCAUGGUCAGCACGGCCAACAACCCAAACAAAGCCGAGAUCCCCGAGCGGCGGAAAGACAUAACCGCCACCACCAAUAACAUCCCAGGCAGUACGAUGGCACGCAGGAACACAUACGUGUGUACAGAUCGGCCCAGCACGGACCGGCAGUCUCUACUGCAGAACGGCAAGGAGAACAGCUCUCUCUCCCACCGUCUCCCCCCCGCCUCUCCCUCCACUCUCAGUAUUUCCGGAGCGGGCGCGUCGUCCUCCUCGUCCACGGCGGAUCGGUGUAGGCUGACACGAGGCUCCACCAUACGCAGCACGUUCCACGGCGGGCAGAUUCGAGAGCGCGUGCCUUCCGCCUACGGGCCGCCGCCCACCUCGCCCACGCUCAGCCACGACACCACGCUGCCGGCGCACGGCCGCUCCCGCGCCACGGCCAACCUGUUCAGCAAGAUCACCUCCAAACUCACACGCAGGGUCGCAAAUGAAUCUGAGAGAGUCAGCCGAUCUUCGCUCUCAGGUUGCCAUCUAUUUGGGAAUCAGAAAGAGGCCGAGCCCUGGCUCGGGGGAGGGGGCUGGGAUGUGAGGCCCCGCCCCCCACGCGCUCCCGCCGAGUUGGUACUGGCCGUGUGCGAUGCAGCAAGGGGGUGCGGCUGCAGCCACGAGCCGCCGGGGUCAAAGGUCACGUUCCAGGGGGAGGUGUGUCAGCUGAGCGUGCACCACGCACGCCUCUGGGAGGCUCCACUAGCAUUCACUCACAUCGCAUCUCGGAUCUACAAAGGGGUGGAGCUCUGAGCGGAUGGGGGAGGGGCCUGGACCGGCGGCACGUCUUUCCACCUCCGUCCUGAACCGACUUGACUCCACCCACUUCCGGCUGCAUAAACUGGAAACCGCCCUCCCCACGCCCUCCCCCCACCCCCUCCAGCUGAUACGCACAUCCAGAGACACGCAGAUGUGCAAAAACAGUGCAAAUGUACACACACACACACACACCUCCUCUAAGCAACCUCAUCCACGGGACCUGGAUUGAUUCCAGAGUAGUAUUUUUAAAUCUCGUUCCACUCAUGAAACACUUCGAUUCUAUUCUCAGCGUCAUUCUGCUUCCUCGUUUGUUCUCGAGCUGUAUUUCGUUUGUACAUUUCGUUGCCCGGGCACUUUUCAUCUCAUCCCUUAUUUUGUUUCCUCUGCCCACGAAAGCUUUCUACCAAAAAAACAAGAAACAAAACCCAUUUCUAAUUAAACAUUUAUUCGACAUCUGCCCUAAGACUGACCAGGAUCACAAACUUUCUCACACGAGCGGCAGGCGUGUUGCGGGCGUAUUCCUUUACUUCAGCCGAUCACAGAUUGAUACUCCGAGUUCCGCUGGAUAAGUCAAAGGAACCUCCACCCUGAAACACGAUAUACUGAAAUAUUUCUGAUGUGCUUAGCGGUUCUGGUGCUAAUUUGUUACAUAGUGCGGUUCUAAUCGUUUCAUUUAGUAGGAGAAAACAAUUUUACUAAAUUUUCCAGCAAUGUAAAGCGCCAUAUUAAUGAUAAUAAUAUUAACUUCGCUGGCUGACGUUAUAUACAACGUUACACAAACGUGACGUUUUGAGUAACAUUAACAAAUUACCGAACGAAAUAUUCAAACCUGAUCAAUGUUGAUGUUACAAGGACAUUAAAAGACAAACGUACAACUGUAAAGCCUUUCCACUGCUCAAACAGUAUGUGAUUGGUUGAUUACCCCCCCCCCCUUUUUUUUUCUUUUUUCCAGAACAGCUCAUGGAAUAACAAUUCAUUGAGAAUUCCCUCUCCGGUUUCAUUGCCUUUGCAGUGAAACACCCACUGGUGGUGGAUCGGGUUGUGUCAUCGGUUCUUUGCUGAACAGACAUGCCUAGAAGGAAGGUGCGCUUGGUUCUAGAAAUUCGACUCAAUUUGAUCGCUUACUUAAGGGGUAUUUCCACUGGAAUCUUUUCUCCUGAAUUAGAACUCUAGGGUUCCUGGACACGUUCCUGUCCUACGUAAUGUCCGCGCUACAGAAACCAUCAUCAAUGUGGAAAGUUCCGGAGUGGUGUGGUGUGGUGCGGUGCGAUGGCUGUUAAAGCAGGUUGUUGCAGGAAUACGAUGUUACCCUUAAUGCAGCUUUUAAAUGAAGAAUUUCACACGCACAGUGGCAAAAGGGACCGGAGACCAUUUGUUUUCGAUAAGAGGUGUCGACUUCCGGCGAUGUGAGUGACGGCGGUUGUUGGCGACUAGAUUGGGGCGUGUCCAGAGACGCUACAAUGUUGAGAAAAGUUUCACUUUAUGCAAAUUUGGAGCGAAGUGGUGCAGCGACUACCAAAGGGAGUGCCGUGCCGUGCGAGUCCGAAUAGUUUCAUGGACCCGGACAGUUGGCAGGUAGAUGAACAAAGAGCGCUUCUCCUUCAUCUCAUAGGAAGUGAUGCACGUAUACACUGGUGAAUUUUAUAUACAAACGCUCUCCCUACAGAAUUUCAUUUUAAUGGCAGUAAAGCUGGUUUGUUUGUCAAAAGUGGAAUGGUAGUUAAUGUUGGAAUGAUGAUAAAUGUUACUAUGGCGACCAGUAGUAGAAACUCCUACUGGCGACUUCAUAGUAUGUGUUAGCAUACCUUGAUUCAGUAAGCCCCGCCCCAAAAGUGGCUACUCUAGAACAGGAACUGAAAAGGCAUGAGAGCUAUCUGGCCUUAAACGCCCCUAAAGUUCCCUGAUACACUUACUGGCUUCCUGAAAAGGUUCCUGUGGGGGAAACCUGCCAAUACAAAGAAGGAAGAAGUGCUAUCCUUCCAUGAUGAACAUUCUUGUCGUUGUCAGCGGAUCAGAGUGUAGCAUUAAAAUGGGAACGUCCCGUUUUUCCCAGCACUACAUGGUUCCCUCUGCGCCAACAAGCCAGACUCAACCCAACCAAAGUCCAGCAUCAGGUUCAGAAUUCCACGCAACAACCCGAAGAAGAGCCAGAACCAAAUAGACCCCGCCCAUUUGAGGAAGUAGACCAUAAUUCAGAUAAAUACCUCUUGUUUUCUUGUAGCAAAUCAAACACAGAACGAAAAUGACGAGUCAGGAUACACUCGCCUCGUUUCCUUACAAAUGGUGCUCGUGAGUUGAACCCUUAACACAGCCUGAGAAACCUGCCGCCUCCGCAGCUCUAACGGUUAAAGGAGCAGUUUGUAGUUUUCAGCAUCGUCUCCUACCUGUAAGGUGAACUGCAUUUGCAAUGAAAGCCUUGACAAGCCUUUCUUUCCCUUCAACCAGCCCCACCGGGUUAUGCUUCAAGCUGAGCUUCGGUUUAGGGUGGAGCCUAUUUCUGGGCCAGAAAAACAACCAGCCCUAAACAUUAACGAAUAAACUAGUGUGAUUAGUCGCAUGGCAACAUUGCAGAAUGCAGUGAUUCUAAGGUUGAAAUGACCUUAGUGUGUUCUAGAAAAAAAUUACAAACUGCACCUUUGAUCCAAACCGUGUGCCAUAUGUAAGCUUUUCCGUCGGCCACGAUCGAUCGACUCGUUCUUUCCAUCCUUCCGUUUUUUUUUUUGUUUGUUUGUUUUUCACAUCUGCGUUCUGGAACAUUGCAUUCGAUGUGAGCGCAAGAAAAAAAUGGAGAGAGAAAAAACAAACAGAACAAAAAAGCACCCAUUCUCGCUCGCUGAAACUCCUCGGGUCAUCGUCCUGUCCACUCUGUGAUUGGACUCCUGUAGCGGAGACGCUUUCGGUGUCGAAAACCCAAGUGGUGUGCAAAGAAGCCUUCGGUCUGGUCGGAUCCGGACAGCCCGGGGUCGUUAUCUGUUAAAUGUGUGUGUUUAGACCUCCCUGCACUCACUCGCUCACUCACUCACUCGCUUUGACUUGAAUCAGCUGCAUCCUACGGUCCUGCCACCAGGGGGCACUACUGUCUUAAAUGUGAACACUUCAAUUUGUGGAUAUUUGCACAGGUACUUACUUAAUUUAUUUUCUAGGAUAAUUAUCUUGGGAAGAAAAAGAAAAAAAGAAGAAAAUACAAGGUUUAUAUCAGUCAGACCCUGACUGCGUAUAAAUACGAAGAUAACGAUAACGACGAUAUUAAUAUGACUAUAGUAUUUAUCUUAGACCUCCAGGUUAAUUUCUAGCUAGUGCAGAAAUCCUCUGCUAGCUCUCCAGAACCUUCUGUGUGUGGUGAAGAUUAAAAAACAAAACAAAAAAGUAACCUGCAGUCCUGCAUGACACUGAAAGAGAGAAAGACAGAGAGAGAGAAAGAGAGAGGGGGGGAAAAGGGAAUAUUGGAGAUUGGAAAGUCAUUUUAGAAAGACAACGAGAGAGCUAGCGUGUGUCUGCGGAAUAGGGUUUGCAGGGGUGCGAGUGUGUGCAUGCAUGCGUCUGUGUGUGCAUGUGUGCGAGCAUGAACAACCAGAGAGAGAGAGAGAGAGAGCUGUGUGAGUGUGUGUGUGAGUGUGUGCUGAGACGGCAUGGCAUUUCUCAUAAAGCAUUAUUCUAAUAUGCAAUAUGACGGGAGAAACGGAGACGGAGAAGAUAAAAAGAAGAGAUUCAGGCAGUUUGCAAUGAGAUUGUGGUUUGGUUUUCUUUUCUUUUUUUUUUUUCCUCUUUCUUUUUUUUUCUGUUCCCCAGAAGUCUGUGCGCCUCUGGCCAAAGUGAGAGAAAUGGAAACAAAAAAAAACGAUCUGGAGAGAAAUAAAACUUCACCGAUGUUGAGAC